CGGUAUAUUAAAUAUAUAUAAUUAAAAAUAAAAUACGAAUAUGUCAGCCCGAAAAAAUGUUCAAACUGGAUUUCAACCGGAUUCCGAUGUUUAUAUUACAUAUGAAGAUCAACAAAAAAUUAAUAAAUUUGCAAGGCAAAAUGCUAAAAUGGAUGAUUUAAAAGAAGAAUCAAAAAUUAAACAAAAUGAAUUAAAAAAUUUAGAAGAUGCAUGUGAUGAAAUAUCUCUUUUAGAUGAAGAUGCAAAAAUUCCGUAUCACAUUGGUGAAGUUUUUAUUUAUGAAGAUUUAGAAAGGACACAGAAUUACUUAGAUGAGAUUAAAGAGAAGAAAAAAAAGGAAAUCUCAAAUUUGGAAAGUAAAUGUAUUGAUUUAAAAAAUGUCAUAACUGACUUAAAAACAAAAUUAUAUGCAAAGUUUGGUAGCCGUAUAAAUUUAGAAGCAGAAGAGGAUUAAUUUAGUUAAAUAUCCAUAUAAUGCUUUUUAUAAUAUGAAAUAAAAUUUUUAUAUUAUUAUUGCCUCAUUUCUUCUAAUGCAUAUAAUAUAUCUAAGUUUAUAUACUUCUUGCUCAUCAUAUAUAUAAAAAUCAUAUAUAUCCAUAUGUUAAUUAAUUGUUAUUGUAUAAUAAACAACUAAUAAAUUA